GCAGAGCCCAAAAGUGGCUAUACCAGUUGAACAGUUAGAACUCAGAAUCUAUUUCAGAAUUGGUAUUUGAACAAGUACGAAGUACGAAGCUAGGCCGAAAUAUCUCCGUUAGAUUCUCAGAUGGAACAUAUUGUCGAUGAAACUGAAAACCCAGAAAACACAGAGCAAAGCGAUUCAACCCACGAAGGACAACAAGAACAAGACCCAAACGAAGAGCUACUUAGGCUUCUCCUACCUAAUGUUUCUGAGCUUCCUGUUACGCCUCCCUCCGCUGUUGAAUCCAACUUCAUCUCCUAUUUUGCACCAGAUUUUAUGAAACCAGGACACGAUCAGUACGUUUAUCGUCAUCCCAAUGGAUUGUGUGUGAUCGGUUUGGCUCCGGCGCAUGUGGCUUUCAAAGACGAAGGAGGUAUCACGGCCGUUGAUUUCAAUGUUGGAAAAUCUGAUCGAAGUGAGCUUAAGGUUUCUGGAAAGCGCAAGAAGAAUGCACAACACUUCGAAUCCAAUACAGCUUUGUGCAAGGUUUCCACUAAUGAUGCCUCUUAUGUUGUAAGGUGCUGUGUAAAAGGCUCGCUCUUGGAAGUGAAUGACAAAUUAAUCAAACAACCAGAAUUGCUUAAUUCGUCGGCAGAUAGAGAAGGAUAUGUAGCCAUUAUCAUGCCAAAACCAGCAGACUGGCUCAAGAUCAAGGCUUCGUUGCUGGGUUUUGAGGAGUACAAGAAACUUAGAGAUUUGUGUUAAGUCUGCAUUAAGUCUGCAGAUAAUGUUCUUCCAUUCAAGUGCCUGGAAGAAAAAUCAAACAGUUGAAGCCAUCUUAUCAUUGUCAAUGCAUUCUAGAUUCCCAUUGUUUGGUUCCUGGUUGAUCUUGCAACUUGUAAGUGGUAAUGAACUAUAUAUUAUGAUAGUUGAUUCUGCGGAAAAGUUGAAGUUCCUGCGCAAGGGUAUCUCCUAGUAGGACGCAUCUUUCAAUGAAACAUCUUUGCUGUCCAACAUGAUAAAGCUUGAAGCUUGAUGAUCCUUAUGCUCUUGAUGGUUUCAAGUCUCGCAAAAGGAUGCAUGAUUUUUUUCUUUUCUUUUCUUUUUUUUUUUUUUUUUUUUUAAAUUUUUUUUUUUAAAUUUUUUUGUUUUGUAUUCUUUUAAUUUGAUUUAUAUUUCUGGGAGUUAAUAAUGAUUUUACUAUUUAAAGAAAUGUCGGAUGGUGUUCGAUUUACUUGGACCUGUAAUUCAUAGUUCAUAGCCGAAAUCCUACCCGAUCAAUUUGCCUGA